AUGGACCCCCUGGAGAACAAUCAUAGCGUCAUCAGGAAUCAGGGCAUCGUGGGCUUAAGUAUCCACAGCACCUCGGACACCCUGGUGGUGACUUCGUACCUCUUAUUGGUUCUGUUCUUCGGGCUGUGGAUGGGCAUUUCCACUUUUUCUGCAAAUAUCGGCAGUGGCCACUAUAUGGGCCUGGCUGGGGUAGGUGCAACUUCCGGAAUUGCAGCUGGAGCCCUUGAGUGGAAUACUAUAUGUAUGUACUAUAUUCUUGGUUGGAUAUUUGUUCCCAUCUAUAACAAGGCUGAGGUGGUGACGUUGCCGGAAUAUUUGAGGAAGAGGUUUGGCAGCCUUCGGAUCCAGUUGUUCUCCUCUUUCUUUUCCUUGGUUGUCUACAUCUUCAGCAGGAUCUCGAUGGAGAUCAGCUUUGGUGCCAUGUUCUUGAAAAUGGUUUGGGACACAGAUAUUUACCAGACAAUGCUAGUUUUGCUGACCAUUACUGGCAUUUAUACCAUCACAGGUGGCCUGGCAACUGUGGCUUAUGUUGAGACCUUACAAGCUGGUAUUAUGCUUCUGGGCUCAGUCUUGUUAACGAUUUAUGCCUUUCGUGAAGUGGGAGGAUAUCAGGGGCUGGUGAAAAAGUACCUCCACGCCAUCCCAAGUAAGACACAGCAGGGAAACUGGACAGCCAAGCCACAGUGCUAUAUGCCUCGUCGGGACGCUUUCCACAUCUUCCGAAGUUUUGGCUCUGGAGACAUCCCCUGGCCUGGACUCAUCUUAGGUGCCACUGCGGUCUCUUUGUUCUAUGGGUGUGCUGAUCAGGUUUCUGUCCAGAGGUUCCUGGCAGGAAAGAGCAGGCUUGACAUGCAAGGUGGCUGCCUCUUGGGUGGGUACCUGAAGCUGCUGCCCAUGUUCUUCAUGGUGAUGCCAGGGAUGGUCAGCCGCAUCUUGUUCCCAGAUCAAGUGGCCUGCGCCGUCCCUUCAGAGUGUCAGAAGUACUGUGGCAGACGGAGCAGCUGUAGUGCCCUGGCUUAUCCAGUGCUGGUGAUAGGCGUGAUGCCUUCUGGCCUAAAAGGCUUUAUGCUGUCCACAUUGUGUGCCUCCAUCAUGUCCUCCCUGAGCUCCGUCUUCAACAGCUCCAGUGCCCUCUUCACCCUGAACAUUUACACGUGGAUCCGGCCCCUGGCCACUGAGAAGGAGCUCAUGAUAGCUGGAAGGUUUUUUGUUAUAAUCUUGCUCUCCGUCACCAUUGUCUGGAUCCCCACUAUAGAAAUGGUCUCCAGUGAGGUACUGUUUGAGUACAUGCAGGUUCUCAAGAGCUGCCUGACACCGAGUGUGGCUGCUGUCUUUCUGCUCGCUGUAUUUUGCAAGAGAGUCAACGAGCAGGGUGCCUUCUGGGGGCUGGUUUUGGGAACCACCAUUGGAGCCUUUCGACUGCUGGCUGAGUUUUUCUAUGGACCCUCAACCUGUGAGGGAGGCCGUGCGUGCCCCACGCUCAUCUGUGGCCUCCAUUACCUCUAUUUCGGCUUCUUCCUCUUCCUGGUGACUCUCCUUACCACACUGGCCGUCUCCUUAGCCACCAAACCAAUUUCGGAUGUGCAUCUCCAUGGUCUCUGCUGGAGUUUACGCAACAGCCAACAGAGGAGGGUGACUUUAGGAAAAGAGAUGAGAUGGAAGAUCUUUCCCAGUUCCACAUUCCAGCAAGGCAUGUUUGGGGAGACCAAUACCUGCUUCUGGAAGUUCUGGGACUUGUUCUGUGGUCUUGACGCACAGGCAAAAACCAAGAUAGGCCCUGAGAAUAUCACCGAGGAGAAGAGAAAGGCAACCUGGGAGCAGAUGGGGUCCAGUGACACGUCCACCAGCUUGGAGAUUCUGGCCAGGAGAAUGGCAGCUAGAAAGAGCGAGGAACACCAAGAGAAGAUGAAAGACUGGAGUGACAUACCAGAGAGCCCCUUCUGGAAGAGAGUCGUGGAUGCCAGCGGAAUCCUGUUGUUUGCCCUUCUGAUGUUUGUUCACGUUUACUAUGCUUGA